AUGUCGGACGGAAGCAGGAGCAGUGCUGAGGAACAGCUUGAUUCGGAAAUGCUGCUCAUACAGAGCAAACGCUUCUAUGUGGACGUCAAAGAGAAUAAGCGAGGGCGUUUCAUAAAGCUCGCUGAGGUAUUGUUGUUUGAUCACACUGCUGAGGAAAAUGGUCAGCUGAUGUCAGAAGUAAUAGUCCGUGAUUCGAGGCGGUAUUACAUGGACUUGAAAGAAAACCGUCGUGGCCGUUACUUGCGUGUGUCUCAAACUGUUAUUCGUAGUAUGUACGGCACUGUUCGCCCUCAAAUAUUUUGUUCAUUCCUCUUUUUUUUUUUUUUUUUAAAUUUUUUCUAUUUUGAUGUCAACCAUAACGACCGUGGAACAUUCAUUCGAGUUUCUGAAGUAUCGAUUUUUCUGACUGGUAUCCGUUCCUCGAUUGCCGUCCCACAAAGUGCUUGGUCAUCGUUCCGCGAUGCUUUCAACGACUUUCUGAAAAUUAUGGAAAAACCGAAAGAUGGAGCUGUUGCAAAUGGAACAAUGAAAGAAAGAGGGGACUGA